CAGCAUGCUCGAGGAGAGCGUCUUCCUCCGGCUGAGAUGGCGGCCUCCUUGGUCUUGGUUUUACUGAUCGCUGUCACUGUUCGGGCAGUGUUAUUCAGGUCAAGCCUGGCUGAAAUCAUCGCUGAGAGAGUGGAAGUUGUGUCUCCUUUAAAUGGCUGGAAGAGAGUUGUUGAGGGACUGGCUCUGCUUGACCUGGGUGUGUCACCAUAUUCUGGAGAUGUCUUUCAUGAGACACCCCUGAUGAUUUAUCUGUUUCACUUUGUCAUUGACUAUUCUGAAAUUGUCUUCAUGAUAGCAGAUGCCAUAACUGCUGUUGCUCUGUACUUGGCUGUGCAAGAUUAUAACAAAAUUGUGUACAGGAAACAGAAGUACACCCUUGAAGCUGGCCGCUACCCCCUUGAUGUUGCUGAGCUCCUCAGGACUCCCAAAGAGAUGAUGUACAUCCCGAUAAAGGUGGCAGUGUUUUAUUUACUGAACCCUUUUACAGUUCUCUCCUGCGUGGCCAAAUCCACCUGUGGCCUCAACAAUGCCGUCACUGCACUUUUCAUAUUAUGCACAAUAAAAGGUAGUGCCUUACUGAGUGCCAUCUUCCUUGCCUUGGCUACGUACCAGUCCUUGUACCCUUUCACCCUCUUUGCUCCAGCACUGCUUUAUCAGUUACAGAGGCUGUACAUACCUAUCAGCGUUCACAGCCCGAGGUUUUGGAUCUUCACUUCUCAAUAUGGUUCAAUGUACCUGGGCAGCCUCGUAGUGAUCACCUGCCUGUCAUUCUUCCUCCUCAGCUCUUGGGACUUUGUUACGUCUGUCUAUGGAUUUAUGUAA